AUGCAACUCCGCUCCCUCCUCGUCCUGGCCGUGGCCUCCCUCGCCACCGCCGCCGACCUCGGCAUCGAAACCACCCAUAAGGUCGACUGCACCCGCAAGACCGCCAAUGGCGAUACCAUCUCCAUGCACUACCGCGGCACGCUACAGUCCGACGGAUCUGAGUUCGACGCGAGCUACAAGCGCAACACGCCGUUGACCUUCAAGUUGGGCACGGGGCGGGUGAUUAAGGGAUGGGACCAAGGCCUCCUUGACAUGUGCAUCGGCGAGAAGCGCACGCUGACCAUCCCGCCCGAGUUCGGCUACGGCGACCGCGGUGUGGGGCCGAUUCCCGGCGGUGCGACGCUGGUGUUUGAGACGGAGUUGAUGGCCAUUGACGGUGUCGAUAAGGAUGAGCUGUAG